AAAUUAAUUUCAUAUUAUCUUUAAGACAUUUCAAUUCUUCCAUUCCAUAACUUUUAUUCAUCUCAUUCUCAUUCACCAUGGCAGGGAAAAUCAUCUCGAUUCCCUCAAUCGCCGCCAUCCUCAUUCCACUACUUGUACUUGUUUGCACAGUGUUCGGUGCUGGUUUACUAAAUGUUGCGCCGGCUCCAUAUCUGCAGAUCGCCUUGUCAUUAGGCUAUCUAGAGCGACUUGGCCCUUGGUCCUUGGCAUCCAUCUUUCCAAACCUAUAUCUAUUCGCUUGUAUUACUAUCGGAACAGGCAUUGCAUACGCGGGCAUGCUUCAAGGGGAUGAAUGGGACAACUCAUUGAUGGUUACCCCAUUCUUGAUUGGUAUGGGUGCUGCCCUUGUGGGUUUGAUCCCUCUCUGGGUUCACCUUGCCUGGCAACAGCGGUUCUUGCAAUCUAAAAGAUUUCAAAACGGCCCAUCUGCCUUACUCGCGACUUUGGUGGCACCAGCCGUCUGGGUGGCUAUCUUUACCAUCGUGUAUGCUGUCAGUCCUAUCGGAUCAUAUGGUUCCAUCGCAUACACUCAGUUUCAGUUGGAACCAGUAGUCCAAUGGUCAUCAGUAGCAGGCAUUGCUGGUAUCGAGUUCUUGGUGGUUUGGUCAGCAGUCAUUAUUCAACGUUCCUGGACCAGAUAUGUGCGAUAUGAUGUCAGCAGAGAAGAAGACUUCAAAACAUGGAACCCUAUCGGAUCAGAAACGCGUCCCAGCCAUCGUCGAAGCCUGUUGCGCCGCAUUGCCUUCUCUCCAACGCCUACAUUCCUAAUUGUGACACUGUUUAUUUACACCUUUGGAUCAAUGCGCUUCUGGAAUGGCACAGGGUCUUUCUACAUGAAGCCUCUACGAGACACUAUUCAGCCCACUGUUAAGGCUAGCUGUGUGAUCGGUUCUUCUGAAACAAACGAUAUGGCUCUUUACUUGAACCAGACUGUCGAUCUGGCAAGGAAUGGAUCUGAGAUCGUGAUGUGGAGUGAGGGUGCGGUCAAGAUCAACAACGAGCAGGAAAAGUUGCAAUUCUGGGAUAAAGCUAGAAACAUUUCAACCACCUAUGGUAUCUAUCUGGGCGUCACUUAUGCUGAGUAUGUGGAUAGCGCUCUGGUUCAGAACAAGAACAUGUUUACAGUCUUUGAUCCCAGAGGCCAAGUUGUGAUUGAGUACCAAAAGGCUCAUCCUGUAACCAUGGUUGAGACAACGGUCAUUGCUGGACCCAAUGUCCUCCCCACAUUUGAUUCUGAGAAGUACGGUCGCUUCGGAGCCGCUAUCUGCUUUGACUUGGAUUUCCAGAAUUUUAUCGCCCAGGCUGGCGAUAAAGAGGUCGAUAUUCUGCUUCAGCCAAGCUGGACAUGGGCAUCCAUUGGUCGCCUGGAAGCCUCGAUUCAGUCAUACAGAGCGGUAGAACAGGGAUUCACUGUUUUCCGAUGUGGUUCCUGGGCACCAUCUACUGUCUGGGAUCCUUAUCAUCAGAUUUUUGGAUACAAAUAUCUUUUGGGCUCUGGUACCUUUACUACCGACAUUCCUCUCCGUAAACAUGUACCAACAAUCUAUAAUGCUGUUGGGAACCUCUGGGCAUAUAUCUGCUGCGUGUUUUCAAUCAUUGCUCUCAUCUUGGUGAUUGUGCCCAAGAGGUUUGUGGAUAGUUGGAUGCAUGCGGUCGAGAGACGUCUUUCAAAGAACAAUUCUGGCUCUGAGGCUAGUGAUGGAUCGCAAAGCGAGCCUGCACAGGCUUCAAGUGUGUAACGGGAAAUAAACCAUAUAGAAAGAAAGAGGAGGAAAUAAUACCAUUAUUCACUUUUCAGUUACCAUUGUAUUAAAUCAAUAAAAUCC